AAUCGUGCAGAGGUCGAUAUCAAACCACGCCCGUACGAUCGUCCCAUUACCCAUACAAAAACACUGAGCGCAAUUAAGAAUUAAAAAAAAAAAACAUAAUUACAAAUCCAUUUGACAAACAUAAUUUUGCCAUCAAAAAAAACGCGGGAAACUCUUCAGUCUCACUAAACGUUUGUGAGGUUAUAAAUUUUUUAUUCGUCAACGGUAAAUGUAAAGUUGCGUAGGAGUAUAUCAGGAGAUGUUGACGGCACGGACUAUCAGUUGUGUCUUGACUCCGUUGGGAGGUGGACCUCUCGCGUGCUAAACAGUGUUGUGAUUGAGGAUUGAGUGAAAUGAGGUGUUUGAUUGCAAUCUGUUUUAUCGUUUUGGCGCGACACUGCGAAAGUGGAGCCCUAAAAUGCAGUCCUGGCACAGAAGGCCCAUGUGCAGCAGAGCAAGAAUCAAAAGACAAACCGAGUCAGAUAACAACAGAUGACGCGUCUGCCGUCCAAGAAAUGCAGUCGGAAGUGGAAUGCCUGGCGGGAACCGAGUGGGAGAGCAACUGCCACUUUUGCAGGUGCUCUGAUUCAGGAGUCGCCGAGUGCUUGAGGCAGGACAGCUGUGAUCAAAUUAUAUUUACUGAACCUGUGCGUUGUCAGCCAGGCACCUCCUUCCAGAGGGAUUGUAACACUUGCGUCUGCUUAGAUAACGGUCUGGGCCUAUGCUCCUUGGAUGCCUGUAGAAGAUCGUCAACUCCCAAGAAGUUUGAGCUGAUCCAGGGCAGAGAAUGCGCUCCGGGAUCGUCGUGGUCGAACCAGUGUAACAGUUGUAGGUGCAAUGCCGAUGGAUACGGCAUUUGUAGUGACGAAGCCUGCACUGAACACAUUAUCGAGCCAAAGAAAGAAUGUGCGCCGAAGACGAUGUGGAAAAAUGAAUGCAACACGUGUUGGUGCACUUCGGAUGGUAAACCCAUGUGCACUAGGAUGGAAUGCAUCACUAAUAACACUCCCGAGAAGUCUGAGCUGAUCCAGGGCAGAGAAUGCGCUCCGGGAUCAACGUGGUCGAACCAGUGUAACAGUUGUAGGUGCAAUGCCGAUGGAUACGCCAUUUGUAGUGACGAAGCUUGUGCUGAACACAUUAACGAGCCAAAAAAAGACUGUGUGCCGAAUACUACAUGGAAAAAUGAAUGCUACACGUGUUGGUGCACUUCGGACGGUAAACCCAUGUGCACUAGGGUGGAAUGCAUCACUAAUAACACUCCCAAGAAGUCUGAGCUGAUCCAAGGCAGAGAUUGCGCUCCGGGAUCGACGUGGUCGAACCAGUGUAACAGUUGUAGGUGCAAUGCCGAUGGAUACGCCAUUUGUAGUGACGAAGCCUGUGCUGAACACAUUGACGAGCCUAAGAAAGACUGUGCGCCGAAGACUAUGUGGAAAAAUGAAUGCAACACGUGUUGGUGCACUUCGGACGGUAAACCCAUGUGCACUAAGAUGGGGUGCAUCAGUUAUAACAAUUUCGGAAGUGGCGUCACGGAAAAAUUGGAAACCAAAGGAACCGAAAUACCUGAGUUAAGGUCGUCUCAAAACACGACCAAAGCAAUCGUUUGCGUCGCGAACCGAAUGUUCAUCAAGGACUGCAACACUUGCUGGUGUAACGAAGACGGUACUACCUUCUACUGCACCCGAAGAGUCUGCGUACCCAUGCUGCCGGAAGACGGUGACGAAGAUCCUGAGAACUUGAACCAGAAACCAGCGACGCCAAAGGAGUGCAAGCCGAAUGAAACGUUCCAAAUUGGUUGCAACAGAUGCCGAUGUAAUUCUGAGGGUACAUUGUAUUCUUGUACGAGGAUUGGCUGCUUGGAAUCCGAAGAAAAGAACCACACCCUGUCUAGAAAAGUUCGUGCGUCCCAACAGGAAACCGUCAAAACCUGCCAGCCCGGACAAGAAUUCCGGUUGGACUGCAAUAAGUGUCUCUGCGAUAAGGAAGGCAAAGACUUCUCCUGCACUCGUAUGGAUUGCAACGCUCUCAACAGUAACCACAAUGCUGAGCCCUUCAACGGCGACAGAACUAAAAGAGAAGUAAGUCAGAAGCCAGCCACGUGCGUUCCCGGCUCCGUCUACAAUCAGGGCUGCAACGUAUGCCGCUGUACUGACGAGGGCCGACACGCCACUUGCACCUUGAUGCGAUGCCCCCAGGAGAAGGAGGAGACGCAUGCGCACGGUAGACCAGGAUCCAGGUUUUCGUUGCAACCCCGGCGAGCAGUUCACCCGGGACUGUAACGACUGCACUUGCUCGGCGGACGGGAAGAGCGUCUUCUGUACGCUACGUCUCUGCGACCAGGACAUCACGCCCCACAUAAACGCCGCAUAAACCAAUACAUGAUAUUCGAAUAGUCGAUAAUCGAACUUAAAAUUUAACGAGAUUAAUAAAAGUUUUCCAUCUAUUUAUACGUUUAUUUUAAAUAUAACGCAAACUCGUUGUGUCUAUUUAGAAUUUGCUUUACGUACUAUGCCUGUAUUUUAGACGAUUUUUAUUUAUAAAGGCCUAUUAGUAGAUUUUGUAUAAUCUGUAGCUGGCGAAUAGACUUUAAACGAAAAUAAAAAAAAAAACCUACUUCUUUUUAGCGUCAUUCAUUAUUUUGCAAAUGGCGUCGUUUCUUUCACAAAGUUGGUAGCCGUAUACGUAUUUUUGACUAUUACUUAAUUUAGUUUAGUGAAUUCAAAACUCAGUUUUCAAUAACGAAGACGUCUAUUUAAAUACUCAUUUUGUUUUCAUUUUAUUUAACACGAUGAAGGAUUUUCUUUGUUCAAAAACGAGUGUAUCGCAAUAUUAUAUCUUCGCUUUUCGGCGGGAAAAGGUCUUUCUUGUCUAAAUAAAAUGAAAAUGUUGCCUUUAUAUUAUUAGUUUUAACGGUAGCGGUUCACGUAUUUUUCAAUUUAACACGUAAGUUUUACUACUAUUGCCAUACUCAUUUCAUCAUUAAUGUUUUUAAAAAUUUCGUUUAUAAAUUGAAUUUUUGAAUAGUUAGCUCUUCAUCGGCCAUAUUUGUUUUAACUAAAUCGUUUUAGUAUUCUGUUAAUGGUACUUACAUUUAUGUUGUAUUUGAAAUUUAAUCAGUUUUUAGAAUUUAAUGGCGGAGAUUUUCAUUGGCGAAGCUUAGAUCGAGAUUAUUUUAUUUUUAUUUAAAAACUUACAGUCCUCCACUGGCCUACCUAGUUUAGUUCAACUAAUGAUAUUUCUUCAAAUCAGAACAAGUCUAAUCUUAAUUAUAUAAAGUUCAUUUCAAUUAAUUAACACUAUUUAAAUACACCAGUUGCUUUCCGCUAAAGGCAGAAAUGUUUGCUUGGCUGUACGAUUUGGUUAUUUUGACAUUAAAAAAAAAAGAUUAAUUUUUUUAAAUUCGGAAGUACACAUUUUUAUUUUGUUGGUACAUCUGAUGGUAUGUAGUAUGUUGGUACCCAUGAUUUUCGAAUAUUACUAAACGACUGCAAUACAUAAUAAAUGUUUAACUUGAUAUUGAACUAAACUGUGUUUAGGUACGAUUUAAAAAAAAAUCUUGAUUAAUAAUAAAAUGCUUCGUCGGUUAAGAUGCUUAAUUUAGUUUAAGUGCCCUCGUGUAUUAGUUAAAAUACUUAAGAUCCGCUUAAGGUCCAUAUUUGUAAUGAUGAAAAUGUAAUAAAAAUGAUUUUUUGAA